AUGCCACUAGUCCCCUUCAAUCUCACCAACACUAGCUACAGCACUGCACCACCAGUCCCCUUCAAUCCUGCCAACACUAGCUACAGCACUGCACCACCAAUCCCCACAGAUCUUGGACAUCUGAUGGGUUCAAUGGCAUAUCUGUAUUCACCCCCAAACUUUGAUUAUGCACCAUCAGCCCUUGUCACAAGACAGCUACACCACUUAUCAUCCCACAUCUUUCCAUAUUCCACUCAAACACAAUGCAUUGGGCACAUUGAAAGGCCCCUUCGAGGUGGAGAGGAAGCAUCCAACCAGCAUUUUGUCAUCUCCAGGCAAUCUGUUAUUCAACAAGUUGUUCAAACAAUGCAGAUACAUCCAACACCAGAUGCUAGCAGCUCAGCCACUAUCAACCCAGGACUUCAAGCAGCUGACAUCAGCAUUGCUGCAUUGCAGGAAACCAUGUUAGGCCGCACUGGAGGCAACUGGUUAAAGAACCAACAUAAUGACCUCACAGUUCCAGUACAAAGGCACAGUGAAGAGGUGCAGCUAUGCAAAGACUGGAUCCUGUACCUCCUUAAAGAUUUCAUGUGGCUAGAUGAAACUAAAAUGGUACAAAUCCUUUCUCUGUUUGAUUAUGCAGCCAAUAAUAGCAUCGCUGUGGUUCCCUUUGGCCACCCUGCACUUGUACAACUCGUCCUCAAUCUCCUGUGGGGAGAGAAGCAGUAUUGUAGGUUUGUCAACAUUGAGCAAAGGGACCUCAAAGUGGUGAUUGCCCUUGCAACUGGUACUCAGAGAAUAUUCCAGUGGAAUGUUUUUGGCACUUGA